GAGAGAGAGAGAGAGAGCGUGAGGGGAGGGAGAGAGAGAGAAAGAAAGGAGGAGGAGGUAGAGGAUCGCGCGGCGGUAGCGCCUCAGUGCUCGGUGCUCUUUAGGCUGCGCGGAGAGAAGAGGAGAAGUGGAGCAGGUCGGUGUGAAGAAUGGCUCAGGACGUGUUUCAGGCGCACACUUUCCCUCAUUAACGUGGCCUGGUUUCUCAGACGGUUUUGGAUAAAACCCAUGAAGAGUUACGUUCUGCUAAGGACACGUUAGCAGACAAAACAUUCACAACCAGAUCACACAGAACUUUUGAUAUUUUUUGGACGAUCAAGGUGGCGAGAAUGGGCCGUAAGAAGAUCCAGAUUACUCGCAUUGUUGAUGAGCGAAACAGACAGGUGACCUUCACUAAGAGGAAGUUUGGCCUCAUGAAGAAGGCGUACGAGCUGAGUGUGCUGUGCGACUGUGAGAUUGCAUUAAUUAUCUUCAACAGCUCCAAUAAGCUCUUCCAGUAUGCCAGCACGGACAUGGACAAGGUUUUACUUAAGUACACCGAGUACAAUGAGCCUCAUGAGAGCCGGACUAACUCGGACAUUGUCGAGGCUCUUAACAAGAAGGAGCAGCGUGGUUCAGAGAGUCCAGAGGUGGACACGUGCUCAUAUGUUCUCACUCCACACACGGAGGAGAAAUACCAGAAGAUCAACGAAGAGUUUGAUAACAUGAUGCGCAAUCAUAAAAUGCCGGCUGUUUUGUCUCAGCAGAGCUUCUCCAUGCCUUUGACACUGCCAGUCUCUGAGCACGGUGUUCACUCCUACAGCAACAUCGGGACUCUGGGUGAGACCGGCAUGAUGUCUUCAUCCUCCAGCACGCUGCAGAGGUCUCCAGACACACGACUCACAGCUGGAGUGCACACUUCCUCGGAUCACACACCCAACGGUUUGCACUCUGCCUCAAUGGUGAAUGGCUACAUCAGCGCUCAGAGACAGAACGGCAUGGGAAGAGGACUGACAGCCAAGUCUGCAGCUCCCCCUUCAGGAAACCUCGCGUCCAUUGGAUAUAAGCCAGAGCUUCGAGUGCUCAUUCCACCAUCCUGUAAAAUUUCACCAUCUCUGCCAGAGGAGGAAGAGGGAAAUUUGAGGAUAAACAGCCCCCCAUCCAGCCAGUCAUUGAGCACGCACGUGGUCUCCAUGGCUACACCCAGUAUGCACCAUCAGGGCCUACAGUACCCUGUUAUGACAUCAGCAUACAGCUCAGAUUACAGUUUAAACAGUUCAGAGCUCAGUAACCUACAUGGAUUCAGCAUGGCAGACAGCCUGGCUUUGGCUUCACCAUGGCAGCAUAAUCAGACAGCAAUUCCUUCUCAGGGAGUCUCUCGUGCCCUAUCCCAUGUCUCUGAGCCAUCCUCCAGGUCCUCUCCAGUAAUGGAUAUAAAAGCUGAGCCUGUGUCUCCCCCAAUGGCUUUCCUUUCGGCCCCUCCAUCCUCUUCUCUCCACUCUCCAGCAGAAAGCCUCGCCUCCUCCUGCAGCUCAUAUGAGGGGAGUGAGCGGGACGAGCAGCACAGAGAUGCCCAUCCCUCUGUGCCCACCCUGGGUCAGGGCAGAGGCCCAUCAGAGGGCAUCAGGGGUCCGUCACUCAAAAGGCUGCGUACAGAGAGCUGGGUGACAUAACACUUAAUAGGAAAAGGCAGUUGAAAGGAAAAUAAUCUGAGAGCAAACUGUCUGGUCACUAUUUAUUGCAAAUAACAGUAUUGCCAUUGUCCCUUUUUGGUAUAUGUAGCAAGAUAUAUAGGGACCUAGGACCCAGGAAAAGGGAGUGUCCUGAAGAAAAUAUCUUCUUACAGGGUUAUACAGGGAUGACUAAUGAUGGUCAUACCGUUUUUUUAACAGAAAAACACAUUUAUGAAAAGCCUGUAGUAUUUUCUUUAAUCAGGGAAUGAAGUUCAGCUUUUAAUGAUAUUUGUAGUCGGACAUCAAGCCAAAAGUGUUUAAUAUUUGUAAAUGUUUCUACAGUUUUCUUUAUCGUUCUUCAGACUGAAGCAUGAACUUGAGCCAAUAAUUGCCUGUUUCAAACUAUAUUCUCCUUAGUACUCUGGACAUAAUAUCAUUUUCAAGAAAGGGUGUUUUCAUUCAUUUCUUUGUCAUACUAGCAUAUGCAAACAAAUAUAAGCAUUAUUAAAAUUCA